GGGGUUUACAGGCUGGGAUUGCAAUUCAGUUAUACGCCGCUGUCAUAUGAUUACAUCACUUAUGAGAGUUGACAACUUUGCUAACAGCCAAACAUCAAGACAUAGCAGCCACUUACUAGUUCAACAGCAGUCAGCCCAGCUCGGCGUCUGUCUCUCAGCCUUGAAUUUCCUUCGGGAUCAAUAAAGUAUCUAUCUUUUAUUUCCCCAAGCUCUCCCCAAUGACUAAAAGCCAGAUUCUUGACCGGCCUCUUGCUCUGUCACCUUCUCUCUUCUUAGCCUCCUCCUGUUAUCAGCCUCUUUAGUCACUCCGUCUCUGCCAUGAUGCCUGAAGCUGCUAAACCCAGAUUCAUUGCCGGCUUGUCAGCCUCCUGUUCCCGUUUCAGGACUGUACUCCCCCGCCACUUGUUCCUGCUCCUGUCCUGAAAACUUGCUUCCUACCAAUGCUCUCACUCCAAAGCACAGUUAUCAGUUUUACAUGUUGCUAGAUUAACCACUAUUUGUCCAUCUGUAUUACAAAAGGAGCUGAGGUGAAGCAGCUGGAGGACAUCAGAGGAAAAUAUGAUCCAGUUUUUUUCAGUGUUGUGAAGCGUUGCGCACUUCUCGUGGGAGCUUGUACACGGCAACCCGAUUAAUACGGUUCAAGCACAGGCGUUGAGCGGGAUUGACAGAAGCAGCAUUCUCCCCAUUACAGGUGAGCAUGCUCAAUCCCUUUUGUGAAUGGCUGAUUACCACAAUCUGUAGCUUAAGUUCAGAGUGAGCAGUGAGCGGCGUUAAAUCCUUCAGAGCGAGCGAAAGACGGUGAGGGGAAACAGUCAGCAUGGCCCAGAAACAUAACUUCCAGUUCUCCAUCAGGGAAUACAGACCCACAGAUGGACGCGUGGUCACGUCACUGUUUCGUGAUGGGAUACUUGAACACGUAUACCCGGCUUUCUUCAAGGCCAUGAGCCAUCCAGACCACGUUGGCGUCGCUCUGAGCAUUUCCAUGGCUGGUUAUGUGCUGGGAGGCAGCUCCUACUUUCAAGCUUUACUCUUUGGCAGUGCAUGGGCUGGCCUCAUUUAUUACUGCUGUCACGAGAUCUACGAAGGCUACAUGAUGAGUAGGCUGAGCUCAGACAUGGCUGACAUUCAGGCCAACUACCUGGAAAACCCAGAUAACGGUUUCUGGGUGGCAGAGGCGGACGUCAAAGGCCAGUCCAAGGUGGUGGGGAUGGUGGCAGUGAUGGGGAAAAGGGGAGACGAGGAGGAAGGGGAGCGAUUCGAUGACUGCAACGGCGGAGCGAUGGGAGCAGGUCAGGAGAUUCCCCAAGACGCCGUGAUGACCCACGUGGUCGUGGGGUUUCCAUGGCGCCGCAAAGACGUGGGUUCACAGUUGACGAGGAGGGCCGUCGAUUUCUGCAAAGAACGGGGCUUUGCCCGCCUCGUCCUGGAUGUCAGCUCGCCGCAGACAGCUGGUGCUUCCCUGUGCCAAAAAUUCGGUUUUGUUAAAACUGCAUCCCACAGUAACACACACGCCAAUCGCUGGGUCUCUAACCUGGCCAGAAUAAAUGUGAUGCGGAUGGAAAAGCUCAUUUAAUGUGAAGUGGUCUCUCGACCUCCGCACCUGAUACAACCUCAACCUCAAGCACAUUAAGAAUAUUUCAGUUUAUUUAUGGUCCUUGUCUCAUUUACUGCAAAUAUUUGUUCAUUCAUGUCCCCGGCUCGCUUUCAAAAUACAUUAAAUUUCAUGUUUUUUUUCCACA